CCGAAAUCCGUCCCAUAACCCAUCUUGCCGGCCCGUCGCUCGGUUUGCCUUCUUCUCCGUCGUCCUCCCACCGCCGUGGUCCUGCUCGUUCUCCCGCAUCCCGACAUGGUCUCGUCUCACCCCGCCGUCUGGACACUGGCAUCGCUGCUCUCCGUCGCGGCCUCGGCGAAUGCCCAGUGGGUCUCUGGCCAGGCCACGCACUACGGCCCUUUCCCGCAGUAUCCUGCCUGGUCCGAGCCUGGCUUCCAGCCCGGCGCCGUUGGUGUCGGGUGCGCCAGCUCCAGCGACGAUCCCCACUGGAAUGCCAUCCUGAGCGACGGCGUCCGGGCCAACCCCAACUUGCCCGCCAACAAGAACACGGUCUGGCCGGUCGACUACGUCGUUGCUGUCUCCGAGGCCGUCUACGGCGGUGCCAAGAAGAGCCAGUAUUGCUUCCAGAAGAUCACCGUCCGCAACAGCAACGACCACAGCAAGCAGAUCUCCGCCACGAUUGUUGACUUUUGUCCUGCCGGGAGCUGUCUGUGGCAAGGCAAUGCCCUCGCCCACAACAUCGAUGUCUAUGGUGGCGCUGCCUGGCAAGCUCUCGGCGGCGCUCCCCUUGAUGGCUCCAUCAACGUCGACAUCAUCUGGCCCGGAGGCGACCAGCCGGCUCCUCCUCCUCCUCCCCCAGUCUCCACGCCCACCUCGACCCCGGAACCCGCCCCGCAACCCCCGGUCAACAGGCCAUCGAGCGCCCACACCGUUGCCUCCCAUCCCGCUCAAGCCUCGACCACCCAGCGCCCACUGCCAGCUUCGUCCUCGACAACCACAACCACAACCACAACAACGAAAACCACCACGUCGCCGCUGUCGGUCUCAGCCAAUGUCGCCGGCGCUUCUGUCUACGCCACACCCUCCACCACCGACCCCGCUCCUGUUCCAACGGCAUCUGCGACAUCCACUCCGGACGCUAACUGGAAGCAGUGCUCCACUGGCCAGACCAGCCAGACCUACGACUGCAAGCCCAACAGUGAGUAUCGCUGCGACAGUGACUCGGACGCUGUCGAAUAGCCUCGAGCCAGUCGACCGGCGCAUUCUUUCCGAGCAGCUCAUGUGGAACC